GGAAGCUGCAGGUCAUUUGACGCUGUUUGCUCUUCACUGCAAAGCCUCAUCAGAGGCGGUCAUUGAAAACGGGCUAUUCUGGACAACUUAAAAUGUUUUUCAUCGCUGCUUUUUUCGUGUUGGGGACCUUAACAUCCGUAAGAAGUGUGGAGCACUCUCUGACGUACAUCUACACGGCCUUCUCCCAUCCUGUGAAGCUCCCAGGCAUCCAUGAAUUCACUGCCAUGGGUCUGCUGGACAACAGGAUGAUCGACUACUAUGACAGCUCUGUGCAAAAGAAAAUUCCCAAACAGAAGUGGAUGAAGGAGCGACUCCAGCCGGAAUACUGGGAAAAAGGCACACAGUCCCGGCAGAGCAAGCAGCAGUGGUUCAAGGUUAACAUUGACAUCCUGAUCAACCGAAUGAGACAAACGUCUAAUGACACUCAUGUUCUUCAGUGGAUGCAUGGUUGUGUCGGCAAAGAGGAUGAUAAUGGAAACAUCCAGUUUGAGCGUGGCAUGGACAUGUACAACUAUGAUGGAGAUGACUUCCUGCGUUUUGAUGAUGAACAUCAAGUUUGGGUGGCUGCAGCAGAUGCAGCAUUCCCCACCAAGAGGAAGUGGGAUGAUGUCACAGCUCUGAAAGACUACACCAAGGGUUACCUGGAGAAGGAGUGCAUGGAAUGGAUGAAGACCUUCCUGAAAUAUUCAACAGAGCAGGAAAAAGUUCUCUCUACAACCAAACCACCUGAAGUGUUUAUGUUUGCAACCCCAGCUAAGAAAAAAUCAAACAUGGUGCUGACAUGCUUUGCUACAGGAUUUCUUCCAAAGGAAAUUACUAUGGAGAUCAAGAGAGAUCUAGAAGGAAAGAGCCGUGUUCUUUCAGCAGAUGAUGGGCUGGUGUCGUCCGGGGUUCGCCCAAAUGAGGAUGACACUUUCCAAAGAAGAGACCAUGUGGAGAUCUUGAAGACAGAUCCUGCAUCUUACUCUUGCAGAGUCAUCCAUAAAGCUACAAACAUGGAUGUUGAGCAGGCCUGGGAUCACCAACAUCCUGAUAAUGAUGCAACAGGAAUUAUUAUUGGUGCUGCUGCUGGUGUAGUCGUCUUGAUUGCAGUGGGGAUUGUUGCCGUGGUGAUUGUGAUGCUGAAGAAGAAAAGAAAACCUUCUCCUUCUUCUUCAACAUCUUCCAUGAGCUCUCCAGAAAACACUGAACUCCUCAAGAAGAAUAGCAAUGAAUCUCUCAGCAGUGGUGACUCUGCUAUCGGCAGCAUCAAGUCUCAAGACAGCAACGAACCCCUCAUGAACAGCACCGAAGAUGCCAAAGGAAAACCUUCUCCUUCUUCUUCAACAUCUUCCAUGAGUCAUGUUGGUUUGACCAUGCCUCCCGAGAACAGUGAAAUUCCUAAUGGCAUUUCCCAAACUAGCAACGACUCCUCUGAAGAAAUCAGGGUACCCCUCAUGGGCAGCAAUGAAUCUCUCAACAGUGGCGACUCUGCUUUCGGCAGCCCUAAAGAUUCUCGGUCUACUUCACCUUCUUCACUUUCGUCAGCUUAAGCUCCUCAGCCAGUCUGUUGUCUCAUAAAUGACUGGUGUCUUUAUCAGUUACAUUACAAAAAAAAGUGAAUUUUGGAUUUAUGUCUUCGUAUGGUAAAUUCUUUAAGUCUACGUAUUACUUUAAAGGUCAAUUUUAUCUUUUCUUAUAGAGUGUUGUUGUUCCCCUUUUGCCAUAUCAGCUUUCACUGAUUCCAGGUGGUUUGGUAGAGAUGUUCUUAUGGCCUUCCUGUCACAACCCUGUAUUUUAUCCAGAGACCCAGAUUUGGGCGCUAUUGUGGCUACGUAGUUAGGGAGUAGCGUGAAGAGCUCAUCGUGCCUGGUAUCCCACUCACCAGUCCUACACACAGCCAACUGAGCCACCCAGCUGCUAUUUUAUUUUUCUAUUUUUAUUUCUUUUUACAAACAGUUUAUUUCCAUGUAAGGCAGUCAGAAAAAAGUGGCCCAUCUGAGCUUGGGAAAUUAACUGGCUCCCCAAGUCAUUUUUUCUGUCUUAUCGGUGAUGGUUUUGAUUCAUAAUAAAAGAUCUCUCUUUACCA